CGUCUACUGUGUGGCCAGUCCUUCGUCACUCAUCUACUUGACGGCGUUCGGGCGAUAUUUCGCUGCCCGGGUCUCCAAUGCGCCCCCAAACCGAGCGCUUAGUCCUGCAAAGAUGAUCCACAGAUAUCUGGAGUCGAAAUUGAGACUGCAGGUCGUGAGAUCCGUUUGGAGUAGCGGAUUUCGCAACGGUUCACAGGCUACAUCCCCGCCGUAAUGACGCAGUGGGGAACGUCUGCAGACCUGUCAGGGUUUCGCCAAGGUGUCAACCUCCGAAACUGGAGCAAAGAGGCGAGUUCAUACGGUUUUUCAUCCACCCAAGCGGCACCAAAACAAUGGUGGAGUCAUCGCCUCUACCGAGGCCCUGAAGGCAAGGAAGUUGAAGUUCUGUAUAGCAAGAACAAAGCGCAGUCCGAGGUAUAUGCAAAGCAGUUCCUUGAGGAGCCUGUCAUUGGUUUUGACAUGGAGUGGCCUUGGAAUGAUUGGAAAAGAGACGAUUUGCAGAACAAAAUCGGACUGAUCCAACUCGCUUCUGAAGAUAAGAUCGCGUUGUUUCACAUCGGACUGCACCCAGGGAAGACGAGCGAAGACAUAAUCGCGCCGACACUAAAACGCAUUCUCGAGGAUCCCAAGAUUGGCAAAGUAGGUGUUAAUGUGCUAAAGGCAGAUUUCUCGAGAUUGAGUCGUUUCUUCGGGCUCAGGCCCAAAGGUGCCGUCGAAUCCAGCCAUCUCUACCGCCUCGUAAAGUUCGGCCCUGCAAAGCCGGAGUUGGUGUCAGUCAAGCUGGUGAGCUUGGCACAUCAAGUAGAGGAGCAACUUGGGCUGCCUCUGUACAAGGGCGACGUGAGGACAAGCAACUGGAGCAAGCCCCUGUCGAAGGAUCAAAUCAACUACGCGGCUGGAGAUGCGUACGCGGGCUUCAUGCUUUACAAAUGUAUGAAUGCGAAGAGACUUGCCAUGAGGCCCACUCCACCGUUACCUAUCCAUGCUGAGAAGUACCCGAGCGGCAAGGCAUCUAGGGACGAUCCGAUACUGUUGGACGUCGGAGACGGCACGACCAUCACGACCGAAGCCUUCUUUGGUGUCAAACCUGCGAAGAGCGGCACGACGGCAACAAAAUCCAAAGCACCGAAGAAAGCCGCACCUGCAAAGAGUUGUGGGUCAAGUUUGGAUCAUGUUUCACAGGCAUUGUUUGAAGAAUUAGCUGUUCGGCGGGCAUCACUAGCAGAAGGUGGAAAGGUACAGCCUUCUCGCAUUAUAACCGACACCUUGCUAGAGGCCAUUGCACGCGCACAGCCUUGCGACACUGAAGGCUUGCUUGCUGUAAAGGGUAUCGGAAAGAUCCAGCAAUCAAAGUACGGCAACGACUGGCUCGAGGUUAUCUCGCUUUUCCUUGCCGCGAACGGCAUCGAGCAACCGGCUGGGACCGUGGAGCCAUCCAAGCUUGAAAUCCAGCCGCCGCAUACACCCCGUCGUACAAAGGUUCAACGAAAUGCUACAAAUGAUAGCUCUGAAGACUCCUCUCCCGCUUUUGAAACUGCGCCUCCCCGGACACCUCAACUACGCACUGGCCUUUCAUUUACCAUGGCAGAGACAAAACUCGAUGUGGAUCACAGCAAGGAUUCUGAUGGAAGUACAUCCUCUUACGACUCCGACGAUACCCUCCCAUCUCUGGACUUUGGCAGCCCUAGCCGUCGGCGAACAACUGCCGGCACCAAGCGCAAACGCGCGGAGAGCCCGGUGAAGAGCGACGUGGAAAAGGCUACUCAGCUUGGGGGAGAACUGUUACAAAAUCCCAGUACAAUCUUACCUCGUACCACACUAGCUAGCAAAACAUCGGAAGAACGCUCAAUGAAUACAACGACAUCUUCCAAAUCGAAAGCAAAGUUCACGCAGCAACCAUCCCUGAACCACGCCCUUGGCGUCACGAGCAAAAGCCCAGCUUCAGCCUCAGCGCCAACUUCAACACAAAACCCACCACUAUCACCCGGAUCGCGUAUCACUCGGUCGAAGCUUUUGGCCUUGAGCAAAUUGGUCAUGCGGAAACUGCCCGCUCGACCCGCAAUGGCUCCACCCAUCGUAACAGACCACACGUUAGAUCUGAUCAUUAGAGCAAGGCCACAAACGCAAGAUGAAUUGGAACGCAUUCCAGGUAUAGACAGCUUGCUGCUAGCUUGUGAGAAGACAGGCACAGAUUUACUGAAGAAUGUAGUCAAGUUUGCGCCACCGCAGCCAUGA